AUGGCGGAACAAAAGCAGCCUCUGAUCAGCAACGGCGGUGGCGCAGGCGGAUACCGUGAAUCGUUCGACGACGACCUCGACCCACGCUACGCAACCGAGUCGUACCAGCACCAACCCGCCUCGUCAGCGUCCAACAGCAACAAUGCCAAUGUCGUAUUCGACGCAGCAUCCACCGUCGAGUCCCAGUCCCAGCCAGGCCGAGGUGCAACACCAUCGUGGCAACAACCAUCGCAAUCAUUCCAAGGUGGACCCGCAGCAGGUGGAGGGGGAGGAUACUCGCACUCGUUCGGCACGUCGCAGGCGUGGAGUCUGAGCAGCGUCUGCGCCGCCGCGUGGGCGCUGCCACCGUUCAGCUCGGCACUCGUACUGAUCUGGGAGACGGAGAACGAUCUGGCGAGGUUCCACGCGUAUCAGGCGGGUCUCAGUGGCGCCGCUCUCAUCGUGCUGCUGUGGAUUCUGAGGUCGGUGUUGGGCUUGAAGACCAUCGGGUUGUUGGUGGGGAUGGGUACGUACGGGUGGUUUUGGGUCAAUGCAUCUACAGCACACAAAUCGGCACCGUCGCUGUCGAGAAACCCUUACUUGCCGCAUAUUGGCGAUAUAGCUUCCAGGUGGGUUGGAGAAGAAUAG